CACUAGAAGAGAACCGAGAACAAAUGAAUCCGAAGAGGAGAGGCAAACGCUAGAGCUAGAGCCUCGAUGGCUUUCCCCGCAGCCGCCGUCCCAGCGGCAGCCUGAGAUUAAUUACGCGCGGCGCAGCCUGUGCCCGGGAGAGCUGGGGUGGGGGGUGCAAGUGCGCUCGUCUCCAAGGAGGGAGCGCGGUGACACUUCUCACCGGCGAGAAACCUGGGGAAGUGAGUCGCCGCGUCGUCAGUGUUUGCGAGCGCCUGAGCGACAGGGAGGCUGUGCCAGGCUGGAGGAGGCUUGCCUUUCCGGAGCUGGAGGAGAUUUCCCGGGGCUUCGCCUUCCCCUGCCUGCGAAGACUCUCCCGUCUGGCGGCCGCGGCAGCCGCGGCGGCCCCGGCAGCAGCGGCCCCAGCUCCUCCGCGGGGGGACGGGGCAGAAUGCCUGUCCUCGAGCGCUACUUCCACUCGGCAGAGCUGGGCAGGAGGUGGACGGCCCCAGAAGGUGUGCUGCCCUCCUCCGCGGGCGGCCGGCCGGGGUGCCAGCAGGGGCCGCUGCCCUGGGACUUGCCCGAGAUGAUCAGGAUGGUAAAGCUGGUCUGGAAAUCCAAAAGUGAGCUGCAGGCCACCAAGCAGAGAGGCGUUCUGGAGAACGAAGAUGCUCUGCACAGCUUUGCAGGAGAUGUACGACUAAGGGGUCAGACGGGGGUUCCUGCUGAACGCCGUGGCUCCUACCCAUUCAUUGACUUCCGCCUACUUAACAAUACAACACACUCAGGGGAAAUUGGCACCAAGAAAAAGGUGAAAAGACUGUUAAGCUUUCAAAGAUACUUCCAUGCAUCAAGGCUGCUUCGUGGAAUUAUACCACAAGCCCCUCUCCACCUGCUGGAUGAAGACUAUCUUGGACAAGCAAGGCAUAUGCUCUCCAAAGUGGGAAUGUGGGAUUUUGACAUUUUCUUAUUUGAUCGCUUGACAAAUGGAAACAGCCUGGUAACACUGCUGUGCCACCUCUUCAACACCCAUGGACUCAUUCACCAUUUCAAGCUAGAUAUGGUGACGUUGCACAGGUUUUUAGUCAUGGUUCAAGAAGAUUACCACAGCCAAAACCCAUAUCACAAUGCAGUUCACGCAGCUGACGUCACCCAGGCCAUGAACUGUUUCCUUAAGGAGCCCAAGCUCGCCAGCUUCCUCACACCCCUGGACAUCAUGCUUGGACUGCUGGCUGCAGCAGCACACGAUGUUGACCACCCAGGAGUGAACCAGCCAUUUUUGAUCAAAACUAACCACCAUCUCGCCAGUCUAUACCAGAAUAUGUCUGUGCUGGAGAAUCACCACUGGCGAUCUACAAUUGGCAUGCUUCGAGAAUCAAGGCUUCUUGCUCACUUGCCAAAGGAAAUGACACAGGAUAUGGAACAGCAGCUGGGCUCCUUGAUCUUGGCCACAGACAUCAACAGGCAGAAUGAAUUUUUGACCAGAUUGAAAGCUCACCUCCACAAUGAAGAUUUAAGGCUGGAGGAUGUACAGGACAGGCACUUUAUGCUUCAGAUCGCCUUGAAGUGUGCUGACAUUUGCAAUCCUUGUAGAAUCUGGGAGAUGAGCAAGCAGUGGAGUGAAAGGGUCUGUGAAGAAUUCUACAGGCAAGGUGACCUUGAACAGAAAUUUGAACUGGAAAUCAGUCCACUAUGUAAUCAACAGAAAGAUUCAAUUCCUAGUAUACAAAUUGGUUUCAUGACCUACAUCGUGGAGCCACUUUUCCGGGAAUGGGCCCGUUUCACUGGAAACAGCGCCCUGUCUGAGAACAUGCUAAGCCACCUCUCACACAACAAAGCCCAGUGGAAGAGCCUGUUGCCCACGCAGCACAGAAGCAGUGGUGGCGGCAGUGGUGGCCCAGACCAUGCCGGCCAAGGGACUGAGAACUCCGAGCAGACUGGAACCAAAGGCGACGCCCCAUAGUCCCAGCCGGCCUGCCCCUGCUCUGCACACGGAGAAGGAGAACCUCCCUGAGCAGAGGCCUCCUGACAGGGUGAAAGCUCCGAGGGGGUUCCUGCCAAUAAGCCCAGCCACAUUGUGGCUUUUGUCCUGGGGCUCUUUGGAACGCUACCCCCUCUACUGACCUGCCUCCUCUCCUCUUUCCGAGUGUACAGAAGCCAUCCAUCAUCUCAGCACUAGCUGCCGAAAUAAAGCAACUCCAUUUAGGAACGUGGGAGCUGAUUCUAAGGGCAGACUUGCCCCUCCAG